AUGGCCAAAUCCAACAUUCUAAUUUACGUUCUGCGGCACGACUUGCGUUUGUCGGACAAUCCAGUCUUCCACCGGCUUGCCACUCAGGCUGACCAUGGCUUCACACAUCUUUUACCAGUCUAUGUUUUCCCUGCACAGCAAAUCGAAGUUUCCGGUUUUCUACAGAGCGGCAGCACUUCUCCCUACCCUGAAGCGAGGAGCGCAGUAAGCAAAGUCUGGAGGACAGGGCCUCAUCGAGCGAAGUUCAUAACCCAGUCGGCGUGGGAUUUGAAGCAAGCUCUCGAGUCCGUUGGUAGCGAUCUUGUAAUACGCGUAGGCCUGGCCGCCGACGUUGUCAAGGGCUUGUUGGAGCGUUUCCGAGAUCAACAGGAACAUGUCGGCGCGGUGUGGAUGACGGGCGAGGAAGGAGUUGAAGAGCGCAGAGACCAGAAGGCUGUUUCUGCUGUGUGCCAGACGCUUGGUACCAAUUUCCAGCUCUUGCCAGACGAGAAGUACUAUGUGGACGAUCGGGACGUCGCGACGCCCAUCAGCGAAAUCCCUGAUGUGUUCACCACCUACAGGAAGUCAAUAGAGCCCUUGAGAUCCCGCCCGCGCGCCACACUACCGAGACCAGAAAAAGGAAAGCUCCCUCCCAUGUUAGAUGCAUCGCGUAUCCCAGAACAACAUGGCCCUUUCACUAUCCCGACGAGCUAUGGCGAACUUGAAGAGGCCGUUCUGUCUCCGGUCAGAAACUUUCUGUCUGGAAUACCUCCGCAUCCUGAAGGGGCUGAAUCUGCUCACCCCUUCGAGGGUGGAGAGACCGCUGCAAACGAACGCCUUCGUCACUUGAUCAAGAACGGUCUGAUGUACAGCUACAAGGAGACACGAAAUGGCAUGCUUGGUUCCGCAUUCAGUACCAAGCUGUCAGCUUUUUUGGCUCAGGGUUGCAUUACAGCUCGGCAAGUGCAUCACGAACUCCUGAAGUAUGAGGAUGGGACGGAUCAAGAUUACAAGGACGCGCAUGGCUUCGGGAAUGGAGAGAACGAUGGGACCAGUGCGGUACGCUUCGAGCUGCUGUGGAGGGAUUACAUGCGACUCUGCACGAUGAAGUUUGGGGCCCGACUUUUCCGCAUCGAAGGAUUUCGAGACCACGACUACGAGGGAGACAACGAGGCCAGCGCGAAAAGACCGAAGUGGAAAUCAUCUGUCAAGGAAGACGCGCUACCGGACCAAAAGCCGAGCCCAGAGGAAGUUGCACAGAUCAUUCAAAGGUUCAAUACCGGUACAACUGGCAUGGGACUGAUCGAUGCGUCGCAGCGUGAAUUGUUGCACACAGGGUAUACGUCCAAUAGAGCACGGCAGAACGUCGCGUCCUUUCUAACAAAACAUCUGGGCAUCGACUGGCGUUUUGGCGCGGAGUGGUACGAGAUGAUGCUGGUAGACUAUGAUGUGUCUUCAAAUUGGGCAAACUGGCAAUACGUCGCAGGUGUUGGGAACGACCCCAGGGGGGAAGCUCGUAUCUUUAACCCGGUCAAACAGGCCUUCGACUAUGACAAAGAGGGCGCAUAUGUGAGGACGUGGGUGCAAGAAGUCAAGUCACUGGAAAAACUUGAAAAUGUGUUCCAGGUGUCUACGACGUCGGCCGAGGAGCUUGAGAAGGCAGGCCUGACGGACAAUGUCAUGGUCACGGACCCGGUCAAGAGGAUCGAGUUUCUGGUCGAUGGCAAACCGAAGAACAAUAAGCGACCCUUCCACCGUGCACGUGGCUCGCGUCGUCCGCCCAGUGCCGGUGGAUUCGACAGCAACGGACGGCCGCUGAACCAGACUAACGGCGCCAGCGGUCCGGGAAGCUCAGAUGGAAGCGUUGGGCACAGAGGCUCUCCACACCGCGGCGGUCGUGGCGGAGGCUUCAACCAUGGCGUACCGCGCCGUGGCUUCUACGCUGGACGAGGCCGUGGUGGCCAGUACAACGCCCCGAAUUAUGGCCCUGGAUAUUAUGCGGGACCUCCCAUCAAUGGACAAAUGGGAACGUUUGGCCGUGGCGCUUAUCAUAACAUGGCUGUCAGGGGAGGCUAUCAAGGAGGAUAUCCAGGGCCUUACCCGACUGGCCCUCCGUCAUAA